GCUGAUUCAAGUCCUCUCCCAGAAAGGAAGGGCGGGGAGCUGGACGGAGCCGGGCCGAUGACAUGAGGCGGCCUCGCCGGCGACGCUGGACUUUAGCCGGUGCCGGACCUUCCGCCUCGCGACAUCAUGUUCCGACGCGCCAGGUUUAGCGUGAAGCCCAAUGUCCGGCCCAAUGCUGCAGGGAGAGGCGGGAAUAGUGGAGGCAGCAGCACCAGUUCAGUUGUCCCGGCGGUUGUCAACGCCGCCUCCGCCGCCACCACCACAGAUGCCGACGGUCAACAUGACUCGGCGCCGACCACCUGGUCUUCUACGGCCGAGGACACUUCGAUGCCCCAUCCCGGUGACGCUGCCGCCUCUGGAGAUCUUCACCCGAGCGGGGACAGUAGUAACAACAGUAGCAGAAAUGAAAAGACUAGUGAUAAAAGUGGAGAUGGAGACUGCAGGAAAAAUGCCGAAGGAUUUCCACAGAGAAGAAAACGGAUAUCCACUAUGCCUAAUCUUAUAAAACCAAAAAUUGUACCUCCACCUCCUCCCACUGUUGAUUCGUCAUCAAAAUGCUCUCAAAAACAAGGAUCUCACUCUCCUGCUUUUAGUAACUCUCUGUUUCAAAAAGAAACAUCUUUACCUGAAAAGAUUGAUGUGGAAAAUUCUCCCAAGUCUUCCAUAUUGCCUGAAAAGAAAACUUCUGCUCCUCAAGUGCCACAGUUCUCUCCAUUUAAAAAAUCUGCUAGUAAAGAACCCAGCCUGUGUAUGCCAGCUCAAAGAAGUGAUGAAGCCCUUCCGAAGAACAUAAGCUCGCCCCUCAAAGAAAGACCCACCCAGGAAACAUUGAUGGAAGAGGAAACAACGCAGACAAAAUCUGCUUCAACAGAUAAGAAAAAGAUUUGUUCAGAUCGUGUGAAAAUUAUCAAAACUCAGAAGCUAAGGAAGAUGCUGAAAGAAGAAUUGAAUAAAGAGAAAAAACAACGGAAAUUUAAAUAUCCUAUAAUCGAAAAAAAUAUGCCGGAAGAUCGCUCCAAAAUGACUAUGAGAGAUUUUAUUUAUUAUUUGCCUGAAAAUAAUCCUAUGAAGUCGUCAUUCAUUGAAGAGAAGAAAACAGAAAAGACUUCUACAAUGACCCAAGCAAAAGAGCCUGAAGAAAGAAUAGUUGCUGAUCAUGAAGAUGAAAAUGAAGACGAUGAUGAUGAAGAACAGGGAGGAGGAGGAGGAGGAGGGGAAGAUGAUGGCUCUCUUUUAGUCCCUCGAGUGAAAGUUGCAGAAGAUGGCUCAAUUAUUCUGGAUGAAGAAAGUUUAACUGUAGAGGUUUUAAGGACAAAAGGACAGUGUGUAGUGGAAGAAAAUGAUCCCAUCUUUGAGCGUGGUUCCACAACAACAUAUUCAAGCUUCAGGAAAAGCUAUUAUACUAGACCAUGGUCAGAAAAAGAAACAGACAUGUUUUUCUUAGCCAUAAGUAUGGUAGGAACUGACUUUUCGAUGAUUAGUCAGCUUUUUCCUCACAGAGCAAGAACAGAAAUCAAGAAUAAAUUUAAGCGGGAAGAAAAAGUCAAUGGAUGGAGAAUAGAUAAAGCAUUUAAAGAAAAAAGGCCCUUUGACUUCAGUUUUUUUACGAAACUCCUUGAGAAGGUCCUGGAAAAUGAGAGGAAGAAGAAAGAUAAAGAUGCUGCAAGUCAGCAACAAAAAGAAAAAAAUUCCAAUAAGAGAAAUUCCCCAAGAUCUCAGAAAAAGCGAAAAGAUAAAGUUGUAAAUGGACAGUCCAACCAUGGUCCGGAUGAACAUCAGGAUAGUAGAAGUUCUGACAUGGAAAUAGAAGUAGAUGCUGAAACAGCUGAAAAGGAGAAUGAAGAAUCUCCUAGCAUUUUGGAACAGGCAAAAGAGCAAACAGUUAUUGAAUCAGCAGUGACCAAAAAGAAAAGGAAAAGAAAGAAAAAAGAUUCUGAACAAGAGACAGACAAUCUUCUUGAAGAAAGAAAUAUUCCAACAGAAAUGAUGGAAGAAAAAAUGACUAAAAAGAAAAGGAAAAAUAUAUCGUCUAAUGAUGAGAUAAGUGGCAUUCGGGAAGUUGGUGAUGAACUGGAAGUCCCAAACAGAACAAUCCCUGAUGAAACUCUUAUCAUGGAUAAAGAAGAAUCAUCAUGCUGUAUCAGAGUAAAUGAAGAAGCGGGAAAAAACCAUAGUAAACCAGAACAAGAGGAUGUUUCAUCAGUUACUUCUGAGCACCAUGUUGAGCAGCAUUCGAUGUCUCAAAUGACUCCAAAAGAAAAUAUAGAAGAUUUUGAAAGGUCCACUGAAGUCCAGAAUGAAGUACCUAUAAGAGAUAAACUGGAUAAAAAUCAGAACGUGGCAUCACAAAAAUGUAGUGAAGAAAUCAUGGAAACAGAUAGGGCAAUUCCUGAAAAGCCCACACAGGAGGCGCAGCUGCAGAACUUUGAAUCAGACUUAAGAGGAGCAUCUGAAAAAAUAGAACCUGUAGCAUCUAACCCAUUAAUUGUUAAAGUUUCUUCUGAGUCACUUGUAGAAAAUAAAACUGCUUCCAUUUCUAGAUCUGCUACAGAGGAAACAUGCAAUGCAAGCAGUGACAUCAUAAAAGUAAUAGAAGAGAGUCAAAAAGCUUUUGUGGGAAAGAUGGAAGUGAGAGGUCGAUGGACGAAACCUAAACCUAAUAUUGGUAAAGUGUCUGGCAGAAAAGAAGCAUCUGCUCAAGGCGAACUCAAGAAGUCUGGAUCUGAUAGUGCAGGCGAGAAGGAAAUUGAGCAGAGUGAUGCACCCAGCAUCAUCACAGCUGAGAACACUGAAACACAUUGCCAGGGCUUGGAUGCAGAAUCUGCGAAUAAGAACCAAUCUACCUCACAAGAAAGUAUCAAGCAAACUGUUCUCAAACCUGCACCAUUAGCAAGGGGACGAUUUCAGAGACCAAAACCGAAUUUAGGAAGAGUUGCUAGAAGGCAAGAACUACCUGGAAGAAGCACUGAGGCGGAAAAAAAUCCAAGCAAAGCAGGGACUGAAUUAGCAAGUGAAGCAGUAAUCUCUGAAAAGACUGUGAUGCCAACUGAAUGUAAUGAUUGUCAACUUCUAAAUAAGAAUACCAUCGAUGCAACAGCUCAUGAAGCUGACACACCACAGUGUGAGGCAUUAGAAAAAAGAACAGUUGUCAGCCAUGAGAAAGUAGGUGGAGCACAUUCAAAUCAAUCUCCUGUGAAGAAGUCUGAAAGUUAUACACUACAAAAUGCCUCUUUGUCACUUGAUAUUACAAAGGAUGUGGUAAAUCCUGCCAGCAGAGAUUCCAGUCUUCAGGAAGAAAAAAAAGAUAAUACUGUUGAAAUAGAGCAUUCAUUGGAGAGUUUGCAAUCAAGAUGUAAGAAGAACUUAGAAAAUGCAUCAGACAGAGAGGAAUUGUUAAACACAGUACAACCCCAAUUGGAUACUGCAGAAAAGAGUGAAAGUGAAUGUAGUGUCACCUCUAAUCUAAGUGAAGCAGUAAAAUCUAAAACCUUAUCAACUUCAGAGGAAUGUACUACCAAUGCUCAAGAGGAGGUUGCAACAAAUGAAACCCAUUUGUCUCUCCAGAAUCUUCCAGGACUUAAGAAUGAUGCAUCAAAUGAGAUUUCACUGGAACCUGAUACCCAGAAAAAUGAAUUAGUUGGCAAACAGAGGUCACAGGAAGAAAGCAAGCAUAGUGAUACUCGAUCAAUACCAUUUCUCAGAGGCAGGUUCCAGAGACCCAAACCUAACAUAGGAGGAAUAAUUGGAAGGAAAGAAAAGAGAUCCCUGGAAGGAAGUGGAUUAACAACCACUGGAAAUCUGGAACUACAAAAAUCUGAACCUACCAAAACUCCAUCAACGACUCAGAUCAACGAUAAAAUUUUAUCUGAUGAAAAUUUGGAGAGUAGACUACAAAACUCCGAGAAAGUAAUUCAGAAAGACUCUCUAGUGCCUGGUACUUGUCAGAAUAGCUCCGAUCUACGUCUCAGAGAGAAAUCCAGUUUCCAAGGAGAUAAGUCAUCUACAAUCAAGCCUGCUCAGUUGGUAAGAGGGCGAUUCCAGAGAGCCAAAUUUAAUGUUGGAAGGACCAAUUGCAAAAAGGAAGUACCCGUGUCAGAAGAUAUUAGUGUUCCAAUUGUGGAAGAAGUAAAAGAGAUGGAAAUUAGCAAGAAAGAUGAUCCAUAUCUAAUUUCAGAGGAUGAAGUCAUUGUCCAGGCAUUCCCAGAUAAUCUAGAUAGAAAAGAAGGAUCAGAAGCUACUGAAAGCUCAUCAAAAAAAUGGAUUGAUCAGAAGAAACAUCCUUCUGAGAAAUCACUGGAAUGUGGUAUUCUGAAAAACCAAGAUGACGUUAAAAGAAAAAAUUUGGAUGCUCUUGGAAGUGAUACUUGUGACCCUCAAGAAAUAAAUCAUUCAGAAAACAAAAAUACAGCCCUGCCUGUGAUAGAUCAUCUGCAGAAGGUAAAGCCAAAUGUGGCACAAGUUCCUAAAAACACAGAAUCCUCCUUAGAAAGAGAACAUAGCAAAGGAGAUACGGGGAGAGAUGGAGAAUGUGAUACCUCAUAUGGCAGCAAAUUUGGAAAAACAACUCCGUUAAUGGGCAGCCCAGUACAUUGGAUGGAAUCUGCAUCAAUUUCUGAAUCAAGGAAAGAAAAAAAAUGUACAGAAAGCAUAGAAUUAGCUUCCUCAACAAGAAGUAGGCACUCUGGGAAACAUGGUUCGUCAGGCCAGCCUUCGGAGAACGAAACUCAAAUUAAAAAAGAAAUCCCUAAACCGCUUUCUGUCCAAGAGAAAGAAGUAGAAAACUUAAAAGGAAAGCAACCAGGAAGAACAUUAAAGCAGAGGAGCAAAAACUAUGAUUCAAAAACAUCUUCCACUUCUGAAUGUGAAAAUGACCAUGGUAGAAAAAUGAAGCACCAACAAAAAGUUAAACAACAUGUCAUCAAAGGCAGAAAUUUAAAACCAGCCCCUCGUAAAAAAUCAAGAAAUGGAAAUUCUAAAGUUAAUUUGGUAACCCUUAGAGCUUCUUCACAAGAGGAGGAGGAGGAUGAUGAGGAUGAACUUGAAUCAGAAUAUGAAGUUGAAUUUUUUUCACCAGAAGAAGUAAAUAAAGCUCCUGUGUUUGUUCCUAAAGGGCUUCGAUCUCCAAAUCCUGUUCCUAUGCACAUUGAAGAAACAAUGGAAGAGUUGGAGAUAUAUGAGAAUGUUGCAGAUGAGCCAUGUAUCUCUCAUGAUCUAAAUCUGUCUAUUCAGCCUGUGGUGCAAGAUGAUAGCAAAUUGUACAUCCCAGCAGUUGAUAUUACACAAGAAGAACAAACAAAAGGAACAGGAAUUAAUGAUGGAAGUACUGAAGCAGCCAUGACUUUACUUGCUAUGAGAGAUCCAGUGUUUCAGUUACGUACUGAUAUCCAAGGAAAUGAAGUACAAAUAGCAGUCCCUUCAGCAAAUGAACCUAUUCAUUCAAAUAAUACAAAUAAUACAGAAGGUAACAGCAGUAAACCAUAUUCUGAAGAAUGCUUGGAAGAAAAGACAGUUGUGUUACUUCCAGACUCUUCAAAAACUGCACUGGUUUCACCACAUGAGACAAAUAAAACUACCACAGAUUUGGAAAAAUCUUCACAGGAAACUAGAGUCUGCAGUACUGUAUCUUUAUGUAAAAGAAAUAAAAUACCCAGGCCAGCAAGAUACAGACUCCCAAAGCCUAAACCAAAUCUUAACAGUGGCUUGGUAUCUACCAGGAAUGUUUCUCAAAAACCUCUGAAUCUAGGUUCAAAUAUGGAAGAAUGUAAAGAAAUCCAAAACGUAACAGAUGACAAAUUGUCAGAAAAACAUAGAGAAGAGCAGAAAGUUGAAAUGAAUUUCCAAAUGGAUGAGCAGCUUGCUAAAAUCAGCACUAUUGGACAGUGUGAUGUACAUUCUGUAAGUGCUGGCCCCGUCAUGCAGGAAAAUAAUAUGGAAAGUGGAAACCCGAUACAAGAUAUUUGUGAAAUUUCAUAUGAUGUGACAUCUCCAAAAUGUUCUCAAGAAGCAGCAACUUGUUUAUCUGAACCACCAGAUAAUCUCAACAUACAGAGUAAUAUCCACACUUUUGGGUCUGCUGAACACCAGUUUUCUACAGCUGAAGUUGCACAAACUGAAGGAAACAAGAAUGCUAUCAUUUCAGCAAUGACAGAGAUGAGUGCAGUAAGAGAUGACAUUACAGAUUUCGUAGAUGCAGAGGAAGAGCCAGAGUUCAUUCUAACACUGGUGGAAAUCUCGCCUGAUUCUGUGGAAUGUAAUAGUGUCCCUGCUGUGCUUUCACAUGGUUCUGGGGAAUUGCUUCCUCCACCGAUACUUUUCACCUCAGAUAAUAUGGACUCAUUGGAACUGAGAAGAGAUGAAAGUGUUGGAUCAAUCCAAGCUGCAGUUGAAGAAAGUGCUGCUUCUGUCACGGACCCCACAGAGAGACAAUUGCAUCCAUCUUCAUCAGAACAAUUAGUAGAUUUGGGUUUGAACUCUUGGAAGAAUUGGAAAAAGUCUUCAAUAUCUAUAGAAGAAAGUAGUGUUUCUGAGAAGAUAAGACAUACUGUUCCUAUAGAAGAACACCUGGAAAGCUCUGAUAAGGGGACCUCUCUUACAUUACAGUAUAUAUCAAGAAAAGAUGCUGAGCUACAAGUGGAGGAAAAAGAGCAGCCUCAGUCUUCUCUGAAUGUAGGGACUGCAUUGCUUGGUGAAACAGAUAGUGAGGCUGAACUCAUGUCAAGAAUGCCUGGUGCAGGAAAAACAGAAACAAACAAAGAACAAAGACGCUGUGUAGCUUACAGUUCUGAACAAUCAGACCAAGUUAGAAAUACAGAAGCCCUUUCAAAAACAUCAUUACCCAGAUCGUUGGGAUUUCUACCUUUAAUCUGUAAAAUUAAUACUGAUGAAGAGGUAGCUGCUAAAGAAAACAACAAACCUCCCCAGAAAACCUGUACGUUGAUUUCUGAAAAUACCGCUGAAUGUCCAGCUUCAACUUCCAAAGACAACAAUACAGAGAUUCAGGAAUACAGUUCAUUACCAACAACCAUGCUGUCACCUUCAAAAUAUGAGAGUGGAAGCUGUUCUUCUGUUCAGGUUUUACCUGAGGAAGAGGUUUCUGCUAAGGAGCAAGAAAAAGAAGAGGCAAUAAGCAUUUCAGAAUAUUUCUUUAGUGAUAUUUUUAUGGAGGUGGAUGAUUCAGAAUAACCAUGAAGAUUAUGAGAUGCUUGGUUUCUAAUAAUCCCAGAAGCAAUGUAAUAUCUUAAUUAAACAAAUGAUUUAUGUUUAACAUAUUAAUAUUAAUAUAUUAAGAGGAAACUUGCUGAAUGAGAAAAAUAUUUUCUUUUAUUCUGAGCAGUCUGAUAUUUUUGAAACAUUGAUGAAAAAGUAUGUUAAAUGUUAAGAUGUACAUGAUCAGAAAAGCUCUGUUUUUGUUUGAAUUAUGUUACAUUUUUCUAAACAUGCAUAUUUAGAAAGAUUUAGAAAUGCAAUGAGGAAUAGCAGAAUGAUCAUAUGCCACUUCAAUACAAUAUUUAUGUAAAUAAUAUUUGCUUCUUUUUAUGAAGUAAAUCUUUAUGGAAAGGAGAAUAUUAUCUCUAAAAUAAACAAAUUCUGGACAUUUCAACGUAAUAAAUACGUUGUAGGUAAUGAAAAUUGAAGUCAACGUCUUUUUAUGUAUUUUUAUAAUGAAUAUAUGUGAAUUGUUUCAAAAAUAAUGUUUAAUGACUUUAAAUGUACAGACAUAAAUGUGAAAAAAUAUUUAAAUUGAAUGUACAGAAAGUUAAUUAUUCUGUGUUAAUUCUGUUCAUCCUGAAAAUACAUAACUUCCGUAAAUUUUAUUUAGUGCUAAAGUGCUAAAUUUAUGAAGCGAUGAGCUGCCAUUUUAAAACCCAAUUAUACCAGUGAAGAGAAUUAAAAUAAAAUGUAUGAGAGAGUAAGAGUUGCCCCAACAUUAUAAAUAUGGUUCUUUUCCGCUUUAUGUAAUUAAUUUUUUUGGGUUUUUUUUCUUAUUGCUCUAAGUUACUAGUUUAAUAACACAAGCUAUACACAUAUUCCAUUUCUCAUUGUUUUCCCCCCCUUUUUGAUCUGUAGUAUGAUUCGGACUGAAAAAAGGAAUCCUAUAAAAUAACUUUUAAAUUAGCUAUUGGAUCUUAAAUUCUAGUUGUUUUUUUCAGUGCAAUUAGUGAUUGGAAAAGAAUUUUUUCUCUAGAUAUUUCUUAAUCUAUGCAAUAUCUAUGAAAAUAAUUGUCUGCAUCUACCAUUGUUCAUGUGUACAAUUUUGAAUAAUUAAGCUAUUUCUAUUUCCUAGAUUUAUUCUGUGCAAAUAUUACUGUAGGCAGACAUUAAAUUAUUACUGGAUUUCAUAUGAAAGGUAUUAGCAUUUUUAAAAACUCAGACAUAGACAAUUGGUUGGAUCCAGACUUUUAAAAAAAUUACAGUAGACCCAUUUAAUUAUUAUUUGUCAUGACCAAAGAUCAGUUUAUUUCAGUGCCUCUUUUCUAAAGAUAUCCAAGUCAGUAUUCUAGUUAUUAGUAACAAACUCGGUACUCUAUGAGACUUAACAAUUCUAUAUUGAUUUGACUGAUCUGAAUUUUGGUUUCCUAUUUUAAUUUUGCAGUGUUGCAAGGAAAUUAAAUAAAACAAGAAUCUUACUUAUCAAAUGUACAUAUAGAUCUAAUAUUCAGUGAUAACAGUUAACCCAAAUAGUUCCACCAUAGAGCAGUGUGGGUUCAUAUUAAUACAUGGAAGAAUAUAUCUUCAAAAAUCCACCAUAAUCUGCUGUAAUAAUUUUAAAUUUCAACGAAAAAAGUGUAGCACAAAAAUCUUUAGAAACCAAGCUAUAAGGUGCCUUACUUUUCCUUGCUAAGUGGAAAGGACAAGAAGAUCCUGUUAAUAUUUAUUAUAAACUAUAGUAUGUUUUCUUGACAAUGUUUACAAAAUUCUUUAAAAUAUACAGGUUCCUUCAUAGCAAAAUCAAUAUAUUUACUGAUGACAGAAAGACAAAUAACCUUGGUUAAUUGGUAGAACAUCUUAUUUUAAAUUAAUAUGCAAAAAGGGUUCCUUUUGUGAAAAGUUUGAUACAUAUUUUCAGUGGUAUGUAAUGUUCAUGCGAAAGCUUUCUGUUUCAAAGAAAGCAGACAUAUUAUGUAUGUAAAUUAUGUGAAUAAAUUUUUAUAUGAAUUUUA